UGCGCUUCUGUUUCGUUUCGUGCUUCGUCGUUUAGUCUGUCUGUGCGAUUUUUCGGUAUUCGCUCUUGUGCCCUUAAUUUAUCUACUAUUUGCUGAUAGUAGUUGCUUUUAUUGUGCAAUUUAGUAAUAAAUUCAUACAUUAGUGAAGUUACAAACAUUAUAAACGAUCAGUGAUUAUAAAAAGUAGAAAAACUUGCGCUAAAAUAGUGUUAAAAUUCCAAGAAAGGAGUUUGUGGCGUAGUCAACAAAUCAGUUACUUGAACAGGCUUGCAACAGUCGAGACAAUAGCAGCAAAGCAGACUGCGCUAAUAAAAAACUCUGAAGCGGCAGUAACAGCAGUACCGGUAAAUCACUCAAUGAGCGGUCGCAAUCGUGUUGGUACUGGGAGUGCCGGUGGCCGAUAUGGUGGCGGUGGCUAUGGGGGCGGUUAUGGAGGGGGUGGCGGUGGUUAUGGAAAUAAUGGCGGCGGUUACGGAGGUGGUGGUUAUGGUGGAAAUGGUGGUUUUAAUAACGGUUAUAACAACUAUUGCGGCUCCAACGAUAUCAAUCCCUUUAAUAGACAAGUACCUAACGAUCUCAUGCAAUUGAUGAGCGCAAUGGCGAACAAUUUUAAUAUGAACCCGCCACCGCCACCACCAGCGCGCAUGACAUGCGGUGAACUGCGCGCCAGCCAUAUGGGCAUGUUGGUCGAGUUAACGGGACGGCUUAUUAAAAAGCGUGUUGCACGAUUUGUAGAAUUACGUGAUCGAAAUGGUGGCGCAUCACAAUUGGUUAUUUUGGAAGAUAAGUAUCCACGCAUAGCACGUCGCAUGCAGAAUAUGCCGGAAAAUACUACGUUAACCAUAACUGGCGUUGUACACCGACGCCCACAAAAUUCCUGCAAUCAAACUAUGCCGACCGGAGAAAUCGAAGUGGAAGUUCAAGAAAUUGUAAAUAUUGAAUUUCCUACGGGUGUUAAAAGUAUGGGCAAUAAGCGUACUUACAGCACAAUGGCAAAGCAGAAUAACUGUGGUAUCACCAGCACUGAAUACAAGAUAGCUAAGAAUGAAAAUAUAUUAAAGUAUUUUGAAAAUCGUGAGUUUACAUGCAAUGAUUUGCGACGUGAAGAUAUCGGCAAAAAUGUUACGCUAGUCGGGUGGAUACCACAAUCCAAAACAGUAAAAUUUUUACAGUUGAAAGAUGGCUACGGACAGACGCAAAUCAUAGUUGAGGACCAAACGCUGCAAGAAACUUGCGUCAGUGCGCCUGAAGGCACCGUAGUGUUAGUUACAGGCAAAGUUUUAGGGCGACCGCGUGCCAAUAUAAAUUUGAAAUACGACACUGGCGAAGUAGAGAUAUUGGUGGAUAAUGUAAAGAUCUUGAAUCCCGAUGAUCCCUAUGAAGGUCCCAUUAAAAACAAAGAGAAAGUGCAAAAGAUGUCAAUCGAUGAUUUAGAAGCUGAAGAAGCAACUAAUAAUGGCAAUGCCGCUGAUAACGGUGCCGGCAGUCGAGGUGGUGCUGGUGAAAAGACGAAAAUAGCCGAUUUGAAUAAAUUUGCUGGACGUACGCAUACAUGCGGUGAAUUGACCAUAGAUAAUGUCAACGAAAAGGUGACAAUUUGUGGCUGGUUGGAGUUUCAACGUAUGGGCAAAUUCUUCAUACUUCGCGAUGGUUACGGACAAACACAAGUGCUGAUCACAACCAAAGCUAAAGGUUUAGAGAAAAAUCCAGAUGGCUUCUCGCUGGAGUCCAUUAUACGUGUCGAGGGCACGGUUAUACCACGACCAGCCGCCACUAUAAAUUCAAAUAUGAAAACCGGACAGAUUGAGGUCGAGGCGGAAAGUGUAGAAGUGCUCAAUACGGCUAAGAAGAAUUUGCCAUUUGAAGUGCGACGCUAUAAUCGCGCUGGUGAGCGUUUACGCUUGACACAUCGCUACAUUGAUUUGAGAUUCACCGAUAUGCAGCAUAAUCUUCGCAUGCGUUCCGCCGUCAUAAUGCGCAUGCGUGAAUAUCUAAUUAACUUUUUGGGUUUCGUCGAAGUGGAGACACCCACACUCUUCCGUCGUACUCCAGGCGGCGCACAAGAGUUCGUUGUGCCUACCCGCAAACCGGGACACUUCUAUUCACUCGUACAAAGUCCACAACAGUUCAAGCAAAUGUUGAUGGCUGGCGCAAUUGAUCGUUACUUCCAAGUGGCACGCUGCUAUCGUGACGAGGCCACGCGUCCGGAUCGCCAGCCUGAGUUCACACAGCUCGAUAUUGAGUUGUCGUUCACAACACGUGACGAUGUUAUGAAAUUAAUUGAAGAAUUGUUGCGUUAUUCGUGGCCGAAACAAUUUCCCGGCAUUACGACGCCCUUCCGACGAAUCACAUAUGAGGAAGCCAUGGAGAAGUAUGGCACCGACAAACCCGAUAUACGUUUCGGCUUCACAUUGCAAAAUGUAACAGAUAUAAUUGAGAAAAAUGAGAAGUUCGCUGAGAAAUUUUCUAAUUUGGGUGCUUAUGCCAUUGUUAUACGCGGUACUGAGGCCAUUUGGAACUCCACUGCACGCAAACAUUACGAGAGCAUCAGCAAGGAAUUUAACGGUACAUUAUUUGUACGCAAAUUUUUGCAAUAUAAGGACGUGCUCGAGCGUUUAAACAAAUUAUUGGGCGAUGAUGUAGCGCACGAAUUGAUUGAGAAAUUCGUUUUAGAAGAAAAUGACCUGCUGUUCCUCGGUAUUGGUGAAAAGCGUGAAACUCAAACACUAUUGGGUCGCAUACGCCUCGACUAUCAUAAUUUCAAUACAGAAAAAGUUAAGCGUGAGCGUAAAGAGAACAAAUUCCUUUGGGUAAUCGAUUUUCCAAUGUUUGAGCAUAAUCCAAAAACGAAUCAAUUGGAGAGUGUACAUCAUCCGUUCACUGCACCACACCCGGACGAUAUGGAAGUAUUCAUGAAUGCCAAAGAUGACCAAUUGGAAAAGGUGCGUUCGCAAGCUUAUGAUUUAGUAUUGAAUGGACAGGAAAUCGGUGGCGGUUCAAUACGUAUACACGAUCGUGAUAUGCAACAUUUCGUACUAGAACAAAUCCUUAAGAUACCACAUGAGCAUUUGCAUCAUCUGUUAACCGCAUUGGAGUCUGGUUGUCCGCCACAUGGUGGCAUCGCACUGGGACUUGAUCGUCUAAUUGCUAUUAUAUGCCGUGCGCGUUCAAUGCGUGAUGUUAUUGCAUUCCCAAAAUCGUUGAACGGUCGUGAUCCGCUCUCGAAUGCGCCCGUGCCCAUUUCCGAUGAAGAGAAGGCGCUCUAUCAUAUAGCCGUGUUAGAGAGUACAAAUAAAUCGACCGAGCAUGAAAUCGAGGAUGAUGAUCCGGAUGCCGUGCGGGGCACACCAUCACCGGAACCGCCCACUGAUGGCAUGUUGGUCGAUAAUGAAGAUUUGAAGCCAGCUACUGAGGGUGAAAACGAAGUAACUGCUGUCGAUUCAAUGGACGAUGGAGAAAAAGCGGCGACACAAAAGGCAAUUAAAACUGAGCCUUCCGAAGCUACGACCAAAACUCAAACAGGCGAUGCUCCUGCUGCUUCCACACCCACUGUAGCUCCAAAAGCAACCGCAAGGUCUAAGCGAAGCGUUGCCGCCGCAAUAAAAAAGUAAAGCGCUUACUUUUAACAAACAUAUAUACACAUGCAUGUGUGUAAGUUUCUCUAGCGUGCAUCAUGCCGUUAUGCAUAGUUUUAUCUAAACAUUAAUUAUAUAUAUACUGAUUAUUUACUAAAAACAAAAAAAGAAGCCUCCUGUUUUAUUAUUCUUUAAAAAGAAGCAAAGUCAUUGGAAGCUUAAUAUUUCACAAUAUAUCUGUAUGUAUACGUAUUAAGAAUUUUACCGGUAUUGCAGGAGCGUAUUUAACUAUUUGUUUAUACUUAUUGGACAUUAUUCAAAGAAAUUUCACACAAAAACGUAAUUUCAUAUUUAAUUGAUUUACUGAAUAAAAAUUCGUUUAAAAUUAAGAAAAGGGACACCAAUAAAGAAAGUACUCCAAAAA